AUGCCUGAGCCUCAGUCCGUGCUAGUGCCCGGGUCGCCUUCAGAUAGCGCGAAGCUGGACUUUGAGGCCAAGGUAACUGCUUCGAUCGAGCAGCUAGAUUUCGUCGCCUACUACGAGAAUAACGCCGGACGGCUUGUCGUCGAUCCCGAGGAAGCGAAAGUAGAGUUUGGAGAAGAGAUUUCGAAGAAAUUGAAGCUGACCGCUGACGGGACGACAGUGUUGUGGCCUCAACCUGCCGACGACCCUGACGACCCCCAGAACUGGUCGGACGUUCGCAAAGGCUUUCAGCUUUUCAUCAUCACUCUAGCCGCUAUUGUACCCGAUUUCGACAACGGUAUAGUGCCCGGGUCGCCUUCAGAUAGCGCGAAGCUGGACUUUGAGGCCAAGGUAACUGCUUCGAUCGAGCAGCUAGAUUUCGUCGCCUACUACGAGAAUAACGCCGGACGGCUUGUCGUCGAUCCCGAGGAAGCGAAAGUAGAGUUUGGAGAAGAGAUUUCGAAGAAAUUGAAGCUGACCGCUGACGGGACGACAGUGUUGUGGCCUCAACCUGCCGACGACCCUGACGACCCCCAGAACUGGUCGGACGUUCGCAAAGGCUUUCAGCUUUUCAUCAUCACUCUAGCCGCUAUUGUACCCGAUUUCGACAACGGUAUAGGGACUGCUGCUCUCUUUGCCAUCGCAAGGCAGUUCAAGACCACGACAGGAGAGAUAAACGACCUAACGUUGAACUGGAGCAUAUUUCUAAUCGGGUGGGGCGGUAUAUUCGCCGUUAUGCUCAUCAGGCGGUAUGGGCGUCUGCCGGUUUUGUUCUGGUCCCAGACUCUCUCGCUGGCCUUCCUGUUUGGUAACACAUUCUCGCAGGAUCUGCCCACUUUCGCUGCCAUGCGAUGUCUGAGCGGAUUUUUCGGGGCGACGCUUCAAGUGACUGGUCUAUAUGUUAUCACCGAUAUGUUUCCCUUCCAUCUCCAAGCCCGCAAGCUGAACAUUUGGACAAUGGGGUUUAUUGCCUCUCCAUUCCUUUCUCCCAUGGCGUUCGGAUUCCUGGUAGCGAGAGCCAACUGGCGCUGGUGCUAUGGUAUUGCUUGUAUGUACGGUGCUGUAGUCCUCGCGCUGAUUGUGCUUUUCGGCGAAGAGACGAUGUAUGACCGUACCCUGAAGGAUUCUAGACCGUAUCCUCUGCCGAAGUCCUGGGUCCGAAGGAGAUUUGAGCUCCUGAUCGGAAUUGUUGGCGCUCGCAUGGCGAAACUCAGGGCAUCAUGGAAGGACGUGUCUAUCAUCUGGGUGCACCUAGCAUGGAGGCCGCAUGUCUUCGGUAUUCUACUUUUUGAGGCUAUGCUGUUUGGGUUCAGUAUAGGCACCAACGCAACGAAUAACGUCUUCCUAAGCCAGUCACCGCCUGUAGGAUAUGGCUUUGACCAGAUACGCAUUGCAGGAUGCUAUGCGACUCCCAUCGUAGGAGUCAUCCUAGGAGAGCUACUCGGCCGUUAUAUCAACGAUUGGAUUAUGCACCUUUCAAUCCGUAGGAACAGCGGCGUGUUCGAGGCUGAAAGUCGGCUUUGGGCAUGCUACAUCGCUGUGGUAUUCUACACGUGCGGCAUGAUACUGCUGGGCGCUGGAUUGCAGAAGCAUAUCAGCAUCGCGGCUUUCAUCAUCGGAUGGGGCCUCGUUGAGAUCGCUACCAUGAUAAAUACCACGGUUGUCUAUGCCUACCUCAAUGAUUCAUUCCCCAGAUUCAAGGCAUGA